AUGGGCAGAUCGGAGCCUCCAUUCAUUUACGAUCGCCCAACCACCUACAGCUUCUAUGGCCCAUCUGACCCAGCCUUUAACCCCAAGGCCGUGACACAAGCAAGCCGAGCUCGCCCACCACCACGGCCUACACAAAAGGGCCCGUUGGUGAAUAUCAAUCGACACCCAGACUCGUGGGGCAGCCUCGACUCAAAGACAACAUGGAUACCGAUGAGUCCCCAGACAAAGAAUAGAGUCAAUUUUGCGCGACGCACACAGUUGGUCUUACGAGUGUUCACCCUCUUGGGGGCACUUGGAUCCCUGUUCUGCUCUAUUGUGAUCAACAACGUUGCGACAACCGUCAUCUGGAUCAUUCGGGCUGGUCCCAUUGUUGCAAUUCUUCAUACUCUCUAUGGCACCUACCAUCUCUGUCGCUCUCCAGUGAACCGGCCCCCCGCUUCGCAAGCUAGCUAUGGCUUGUUUGCCUCCACUUUGGAUGCGGGGCUUAUCCCGUUCUAUGUGUUUACUGCCUUCAUGGCUCAUGGAGAAUACACCAGCGAUGCCUACAAUUGGGGCACACUAUUUGAUAACGAUACCGUGACCAUUCAAGUAGCCGAAGCCACUUUUAUCUGCGCCCUCGCCAAUGGCGGGCUGCACCUCGUUUCGCUUGCCUUGUCGAUCUUCUUGGCUGUUAUGUUCCGCAAGAUCUCUCAUUUGCCUCCAGAUAUGAACCCACUGGAAGACAAUUUGACUGCUCGUCCUCGCAAGAGCCGCAAGGAAAUUGAUGUGGAUGAGAAGCAUCUUAGCUCGUCCACCCUCCACUCGAUUCUCGAAGACCCGCUCAUUGGUCCUCCCCGCUCUAUGCCGUUCGUGCAUACUCGUGGGCAAUCUUUGGCCAGUGACUCUAACCGUGGAUCAGUAGAUAUGAUGAACGUGAAUCGUCAAUCCGUGGUAUCCGCGCAUCCCCACCGGCUUUCGCACUUGGAGCCAUCAAGCCCCGAGAUGUUGUUCCAGCACCCUGCCAAUCAGCCAUACGAUUUUACAUCGGAUGCCCCCGCUCCAGAAUACCACAAUGUGGCAGCCCGCUCACCCGAGGUCGUAGAUCCUGCUACUCAUACCCGUCACUUGGCAUCUCGCACUGCAGAUAGAUCAGACUCGGUCAGCCCAUUGUCCGGUAAUUGGGUCGCAUACCCUGAUCGCACUCCAUCUCCAGUCAGUGAAGCCAAUAUUGAGAACGAAGCCGAUCUUCGCCAAUCAUCGUCUGUUUACAGUCGCCGCACCAUCUCCACAACCACUUCACAAGGUGGGAAUGGCUUCCGAGACUGGUUUGCAUAUGGACAGAAGCCUGCGAGUAUUGGAAGCGUAAUCCCGGAGGAUACUCGUGGAGAAUAUGCAUCAUUGGCAAUGCAUGAACAUUAUGGAAACGACGAAGACAAGUACGAGAAGGACCUCGGUGAUCGCCGCUUUAAUAUUUUCCCCGACCCUGAAGAGCAUGACCGCGACCGUGAUGAUGACCGCUCUCCUGGUCUUCCCUUCAAUCCUCUGAUGCUUAACCCACCGACUCCCCAGCCAAUUCUCACAGGGAAGACCGAAGACACUGAUCCCGUACGACGCAACGUAUUGACCGACAAUACGAACAUCUCCAAUGAGCAAGGUCAGGUCGUUGACCAGGAUGAAUCGGCUGACUCCCCGUCAUCAAAGACUCGUUACUAUGGAAAUCUGGACGAAGAAGGCAAGCCAGGUCUGGACAUGUCACGGCACAUUAGUGGCCAAGACGACUUGACCCGCAAGCCGACCAAGCUAUCCAAGAAGCGUAACAAGAAAUUGUCCGCUUACCAAUCCCUCAAGAAGGAUGACAGUGAUGAUGAGGGAUAUGUCAACUCUCCAAACGCAACCGAGGGGGAUCGUAAGGGCCGUGUUGUCAGCAAUUCCGGCGCAGACACCUCCCGACCGGGUCUGGUGAGUGGUGUUGGUGCAUCUCUGUCCUCCUAUGGAAGCUACAUUGCCGGACUGGGUGUUGGGCGGCGCCGCGAUGUGAGCGGUAAGGUUGCCGAAGAAGGCCGCAGUCUUAACGUUGUCGACGAGACCGAGACUCCGAGCCCAACUCCAAGCCAGAAGCCAACCCCAGUGCGGGCUGCUGGAUGGGCCCGAUUUGCGGGACUGUGA